UCAAUGCCAUGUUUGUCGGCCCCGGGUACGUCCCGCUGGGGUGGACGCCGGAAAAAUCUCAGGAUUGCAUGUAUCUCCAAUACUGUAAAGUGUGUCAGUCUUACAAGGCACCUCGUUCACACCACUGUCGAAAGUGUAACAGAUGUGUCAUGAAGAUGGAUCACCACUGUCCUUGGAUCAACAACUGUUGUGGAUACCAGAAUCAUGCAUCUUUCACUCUGUUUCUCCUCUUAGCUCCGCUGGGAUGCAUUCACGCUUCUUUCAUAUUUAUUAUGACAAUGUACACUCAGCUUUACAACAGAAUAUCUUUUGGGUGGAGUUCUGUGAAGAUUGACAUGAGUGCAGCCAAAAGAGACCCUCGUCCCAUUAUUCCCUUUGGACUGUCUGCAUUUGCUGCAUCUUUAUUUGCCUUAGGACUGGCAUUAGGAACAACUAUUGCUGUUGGUAUGCUGUUUAUUAUCCAGAUGAAAGUAAUUUUGACAAAUAAAACUUCAAUCGAGUCCUGGAUUGAAGAAAAGGCCAAAGACAGAAUCCAGUACUACCAAACGGGUGAGACCUUUAUUUUUCCCUAUGAUAUGGGAAGUAAAUGGAAGAACUUCAGGCAAGUGUUUACAUGGUCUGGGAUUCCUGAGGGAGAUGGCCUGGACUGGCCAGUAAGAGAUGGAUGUCACCAGUACAGUUUGACGAUAGAGCAACUGAAACAAAAAGCAGACAAGCGAGUAAGAAGCGUGCGGUAUCGAGCCAUAGAAGAUUACAGUGGAGUCUGCUGCCCUGUGACUAAAGGUGUUAAAACAUUCUUCACAACACCGUGCACUGAAGAACCUAGAAUUGCACUGAGUAAAGGGGAUCUGAUUUUAGCCACCAGAGGUUUAAAACACUGGAUGUAUGGUGAGAAGAUUGUCAUCUCAGCUGCUGAUGGUGGAGUAAGAGAACGAGGCUGGUUCCCUAGGAAUUGUGUGGAAAAAUGCCAGUAUGACUCUGAAACGGAUCAACCAGUGGAUGGAGAGAAGAAAAGCAAAUAGCCUUCUAAUUUUUUUAAAUAUGAAAUGGAAUUUUUACUUCAGACCACAAUCCUUUACUUGAAAUUUUCUGUAUAUUACUUUAGACUUAUGCAAUGAAUAUGUUAGGACAAGGUUUUCCUUUCCUCACAGCUGAAAGGGUUGGAUAUGCCUGUGCCAUGGUUUGCAUACUUUUUAAACAAUAAAUAAUUCAAGAAGCCAUUCAGUGGAUUGCCUUCAAGAUGCAUCUUUUUCAUCACAAGUCAGGAUUUUAUUUUCCUGUUUAAAUUGCAUUCUGAGCAUUCAGAUUUUAGGUUUUUUUUCCUCAGCCGCAUCUGAUUGUUAUGCGUGCUGCUUAUCUUUUGUAUUUCUCUGAAGCUGCCCCUGRAAAUCUUAAAAUAAACAUCUGAUUCAAAUUCCAGAUAAAAUUUGUUACCUGUGACUUUUAAUGAUGUGAAUUGUCCACCUCAAAUAAAUGAUACAUUCAUAUUCA